AUGGCUCCCGUUCGUGUUGGAAUCAUCGGCCUCUCCUCAAACUCAACCUCUGGCUGGGCUGCCAGAGCUCAUCUGCCCUAUCUCCUCUCGCCUCGCGGACAAGAGCGGUAUCAGAUUGUCGCCCUGCUAGGAUCGACUGUAGAGCGUGCCCGCGAAUCCGUUAAACAUUUUGAACUCCCAAAUCCCGACAAAAUCCGCACAUACGGCUCACCCGAAGAGCUUGCUGCGGACCCUGAUGUCGACCUAGUCGUGUGCAGUGUGCGUGUGGACAAGCAUUACGAUACGGUUCGGCCGAGUGUUGCAGCUGGCAAGGAUGUCCUUGUUGAGUGGCCUUUGACAGAAAAUGCUGUCAGAGCAAAGGAGUUGGCAGAUCUUUCCAAGAAAGCGGGUGGUAGGACGGCUGUCGCUAUCCAGGCGAGACUAGCACCGUACAUUGUCAAGUUGAAGGAACUAUUGGCCGGCGAUGCGAUCGGGAAAGUUGUCAACAGCCACGUCAACAUCAACGGGAAGCAGGAGGGCAGCGACGUUAUAUUCUCAGGUCUGGAGUACUUUGCCGACACAAAGUUUGGUGGAAACUAUUACACGAUCUGGUUUGGACAUGCUUGGGACCCCAUCCAAUACGUGCUCGGCGACGCCGAAGAUCCCCAUGCCCUGAUACAGAUUCAGAAUCCCAAGAUCAAGCUGCUGGACCGCCCGGGAGGCACCCAGGUGGGAGAAAUACCUACAAAUUCUCCGGACCUUGUCACCGUGACAGCAUCACUGCCGGAGUCUUCAUUCACUAGGAACGACGCCAAGCUUGUGGCCUCGUGGCGAACCGGACCAGCAUUCCCGGACCCAAAGCAGCCAUCGUGGGUCUGGACCAUCACCGGCGAGAAGGGAAGCCUGCGCCUCACAAACGAGGGGCAGUACAUCAACACCGGCGACGAUGCUUCGAUCGAAUUAUACGAUCGGACGACAGGAGAGACCAACAUCGUCGAGUGGCAGUGGCAGGAUUGGCAAGCUGGGCUCCCAGGCCCGGUCAAGAACAUCGCAGCUCUGUACGAGGCAUUUGCUGAGGGCGACGAGAGCAAGUACGCGACGUUCGAGGACGCUCUCACACGUCACGAGCAGCUCGACUCGAUGCUCGAGAAGUUCUUCAAAUGA